CCAUCACGAACCUGUGGAAGAACCGGGACCAUGGAAGGCAGCUUGCGAGCGUACGCGUCACUGCAUCAGCUGCAAGGAUCAGCGGGAAGUAAACGCCUCAGGUCAAGACGAGGGCGAUGACUCAGACGACGACUAGGGCGCCAGGUCACCCUCACCCAUCACCUUCCAUUACCCUGAGUCUUUUUCUUAUUUUCUUGCUUCCACUUGCGCCUUCUAUUUUUCCAAACAAUGUCCACACUUUGACAGCGCCGAUGAUUGCUCUAAAGUAUUGUACGCACCUCCCGGAAAUGAUACUCUCCAAAUACUCUCUUGUCAAUCGAAUCUUGUAGAUCUUCAGUUUCUUUCGAAAAUACCUGCCUUUUCCUGCUUCACCAGAAAGAGUAAAUUAAGGCAGAGCACAGCCAUGCAGCCACUCCAAUUUACAUGCAAGAAACACUGCAAUAGACUACCCAUACCUUUGCUUGGCUUUGCUGUUCUGCUGCUGAUCUCCUUGGCCACCCCCACCAGUUCUUGCACAGAGCAGGAGAAGAACUCCCUCCUCCAGUUCCUUGCUGGGCUCUUGCAGGAUGCCGGCCUUGCCAAGCUUUGGCAGGAAGGCAAAGACUGCUGCGAAUGGGAAGGCAUCGUCUGCAAUGGAAACAGGACGGUCAUUGAGGUCUCUCUGGAAUAUAGAGGCCUUGAAGGGUCCAUCACACCAUCUCUCGGCAAACUCACUGGCUUGCAGCGUCUUAAUUUGUCCUACAACUCCCUCUACGGUGGCCUCCCUCUGGAGUUGGUGUCCUCCAGCAGCAUCAUGGUCCUUGACGUCAGCUUCAACCAGCUCAACGGAGACCUGCGUCAGCUGCCAUCUUCAGCCUCUGGCCAACCUCUACAGGUACUUAACAUCUCGAGCAACUUGUUUACAGGGCAGUUUACAUCUGCAACAUUGAAGGGGAUGGAGAAUUUGAUCGCACUCAAUGCCAGCAACAACAGCUUUACUGGGCAGAUUCCCACUCAUUUCUGCAACAUAUCACCAUCCUUUAGUGUGCUUGAACUCUGUUACAACAAACUCAGUGGUAGUAUCCCACCAGGGCUGGGCAAUUGCUCCAAGCUCAGAGUGCUCAAGGCUGGGCACAAUUACCUCAGUGGGACUCUCCCUGAAGAAAUCUUCAAGGCUACCUUGUUGGAGCAUCUUUCUUUUUCCAGCAAUGGUUUACAAGGAAUGCUUUAUAACACGCAUAUAUUCAAACUCAGUAAUCUGUCCAUCCUUGAUCUUGGAGAAAACAAAUUCAGCGGAAUGAUUCCGGACUCCAUAGGUCAGCUCACGAGAUUGCAGGAACUCCAUUUGGACUACAACAGCAUGUCUGGGGAGCUGCCAUCAACCUUGAGCAACUGCACAAAUCUCAUAACACUUGACCUUAAGAGCAACAAUUUCAGUGGUGAACUCAACAAGGUCGGUUUCUCCAACUUCCCCAAUCUAAAAACCUUAGAUCUUAGGCUGAACAACUUCAGUGGCACAAUUCCAGAAAGCAUAUACUCAUGCAGAAACCUGAUUGCACUACGGCUGUCUUCAAAUAAGUUCCACGGACAGUUAUCAAAAGGACUCGGCAAUCUGAAAUCCCUCUCCUUCCUGUCGCUCGCAAACAACAGUUUUUCAAAUAUAACAAAUGCACUUCAGAUAUUAAGAAGCUCCAAGAACCUCACCACCCUUCUUCUUGGGAUGAAUUUCAUGAACGAGAUCAUGCCAGACAAUGCCAGAAUUGAUGGUUUCGAGAAUCUUCGGGUUUUGGCAAUUGAAUAUUGCCUAUUGUCGGGGGAAAUACCUUUUUGGAUAGCAGAGCUAGCGAAUUUGGAGAUGUUGUUUUUGGAAGGUAAUCGACUCAGUGGACCAAUACCAGCCUGGAUCAACACAUUGGAAUACCUUUUCUACUUAGAUAUCAAACAACAACCUUACAGGAGAAAUUCCGACAACAUUAAUGGCUAUGACAAUGCUAACUUCAGAGAAGACUGCAGCUCAUUUGGACCCAAGGGUCUUUCAUCUGCCAGUUUAUCGUGGUCCAUCACUUCAAUACCGCAUACCAAUUGCUUUUCCUAAAGCUCUAUACCUAAGCGGAAACAAAUUUACGGGUGUGAUUCCUCCAGAGAUUGGUCAUUUGAAAGCCCUCACUAAACUCGAUAUCAGCUUCAACAACUUGACAGGACCGAUCCCCCCAUCCAUCUGCAAUCUCACAAACCUGCAGUU